AUGCGCUGCGCGGCGCGGCUGCGGCGCGCGGCGCAGGCGUUUGAGGGGGGCUUCUUCUCGGCCUGCCGCCUGGCGCAGGGCGCGCCGAGUGCGUCGACGCUGCUGGACGCCGAGUCGAUUGUGCUCAAGGGACUCCACGCCCUGCAUCUCAUGCGGGCGCUGUCUUCGCUGGCCGGAGGCGUCAUGGGCCGCGGCGUGGCGGCCGCCCUAGAGCCGGACGAGCGCCGCAUCUGCACCACGCUCGCGGCCUCGUUGCCGCGCGACCGCCUGCCCCAGAGCCUGCUCGAGCGCCUGGACGAGGCGCGCGUCUACGAGACGGCCGGCGAAGAGGGCGGCGGCCUCGACGCCGCCGGCGGCGGCGACGCCCUCGGUGGGGGCGACGUGUUUGACCUGCCGCAGGGGGCCGGCUGGCUGGCAGAGCAGCAGGGCGGAGAGGGCUGGGGCGGCGCCGGCGCAGACGGGGUCGGCGGCGCCUACGAUUUCCAGCGCGCAGAGCGGACGGCCGCACUUGGUGACGCCGACAGCGGCGGCCUCGGCUUCUCCGCCGGCGCGCCGCUGUUCGCGGCGGCGGGGCACGAGCGCGGCGCGUCGGCGGCGCUGGACGGCAAAGGUGGCGGCACAGCGGGCGGCGAUGCCGCCGCCGGCUUGCUGCGGCUGGAUGAGGAUCUGGAGCUUGUGUUGGAGGAUGAGGAGGAGGACAUGGGCAGUCAGAGGCAGGACGGCGGCGCCGGGGCGCCGGCCAGCGAGGGCCACGCUCUCGACGCCGCAGCGCCGCGGCCGCCGCGUGGCGGCACGCAGCGGGCGCAGCGGCUGCCGUUUGGGGGCCGCGUCAGCGUGACGGGUCAGGUGCGGCCUCAGGGCGGCAAGAAAGGCGGGCAGCUGCCGCCCAGCUCCAAGCCCCUGAAAGAUGUCGGCAAGGCAAACAUGCAGGUCAGCGGACCAUCCCCCGAGUUCGAGCUGGCGCAGAGCGCAGUCGGCCGCAUCAAGAUCGACCCCAAGAUCAAGAAAGCGCACCUGGAGGGCUGCCGCCUGUCAGAGAUGUACGAGAAGGCCGGUGCCCUCAAGAGCCAGCGCGCCGGGGCCGCCAUGGGCGGCCAGCAGCGCCAGCUCAGCCGCGCUGAGCUGGACGCCGCGCUCGCGCGCGCGUCGACCGAGCGCACGCUGUACCAGCAGAUUGCGGAGGCGCGGCCGAUGGCGGAGGCGGUGCAGCAGGUCCUCUUUGACAUGCGCGACUGGAUCCAGCGCCUGUACGAGGCGACGGCCGGCGGCGUCCAGAUCGAGAUCUGCGUGCUGGUUGACAACAGCGCGAGCAUGGGCCGCAUGGCCGGCCAGACGCGCCAGGCGCUGGUGCUGCUCUGCGAGUCCCUGCGGCGCCUGGAGGCGCGCUUCGCGCUUGUGCGCUUCGGGCGGCGCCACGGGCAGCAGGUGCUCAAGCCGCUGGGCGCCGACUGGGGCGCCGAGCUGGGGCAGUUUGCGCUCGAGGCGCUCACGUUUACAGAGGGCUCCUAUCCGGCGACGGCGCUGGACUUUGUGGCCCGGCGGGUCUUCACCGACGGCCCAAGCGGCGGCUCCAGCGCUGAUGCUGUCGCGGGGUCUACGGCUGGCGCGGCGUCGCUUGGCGGGAGCACGGCGGCGAGCGGCGCCGUGCGGCGAAAGGCGGUGCUGGCGCUGGUGGAUGGCCUGACACAGGAGAUGCGCGCGGAGGACUACAUGAGUGCCCUGCGGCCUGACGGCAUCAACCUCAUGGUCAUCAACCUGUAUGAUCGCGAGGACUCUGGCCACCUGCCCAAGAUCGAGGGACUCUGGUGA